CUGUUGCCGGAAUUUGGAUUCUACACGUGCCCUCAAUCGUGUUGAUUUCCAUUGAAUAAAUACGAAAUAUGGGAAGUACUCGUGUUUUUCUGGCGGAUCUGCCGACCAGGACCUCUGAGGCGGACCUUCACAGUCUCUUUCAGGACUACGGUCAUGUGGAGCAUGUGGAUCUGAAGCGGAAGGAGCAGGAUGGAUCUACCAAGGUGAUUGCCUUUGUCACCCUGCAGACGGAAGAUGCCCAGUACUGCGUCAACGAACUGAACUGGCAGAAGCUGCAUGGCGCCAAGUUGCGGGUAUCACUGGCGAAGGAGUCAUUUUUGGACCGCCUGAAACGAGAACGCGAAGAAAAUCAGCGCCGGGAACAGGGCGACCCAGCCGAAUCCGAUGUGGUCACUCCGAGAUCUCAGCUACUGGACCAGAGUAACCAGAACAAGCGUAGGGUUUUCGGCGAAGAUGAGGAGAUCGGCGAUGAUGAGAUCGCUCCAGAGCUACUGAUCACCAAGAAGCGCGCCGCCCAAUCCAUGCAAAAUGGCAAGAUCGUUAUACAGAAGGAGCAUGACGUUAAGCCACUGCACGUAAUCGAGCAGCAUCGCAAAGUAGCCAAACAGCAGUUGGAUGCCAAGGUCAGCCAAGCGGAGCAGAAGCGCAUGGAAUCCCUCAACAAGAUGCGGCAAGGACACCAGCAAAAAAAGUCCGCCAUUCAACAGGCGCUAUCCGCGAUAUCCGUUGACGGCGGCCAAGCAAAGAGGAUCAAGUUCAGCGAUGCCGAGGAGGAGGAGGCUAAACCUGUCAAGAAGUCCAAAGAAAAGAAACGAAAUCUUUUCGAGGGUGACGAUGAUGAAGAGGAAGAGCCAGUUGUUCUGCCGCAGCACAAGGGGAAGAAGGGCGAGCGUCUCGUGGAGAUGCAGAGCAAGCAAAGCUUAGAUCCCCGCUUUCGUAUCACAUCCAACUUUGUGGAUGAGGGGGAAGACGCGGAAAUGGAGGACGCUGAAAAUCAAUCCGAACCAGAGGAAAGUGAGCGCAAGUGGCAGAUGAACAUUCUGGAGCAGGUAGUGGGACAUAAGAUUUCUGGUGCCAACGAUAAUGACGGUAAGCCAGCCAAAAGCAAAAAGAUGCUGCGUUUCGAUCCAGCUAAGGAGGAUCAUCAGAAGCUAAUGCGUCAAAAACAGCCUAAGGAGGAGGAGGAGAAGCAAGAGAAAAUUCCCAGCGCCAAAGACAACGAACAUAGCAACGCACCAAGUUACAAGGUUUCGCAAAAGGCAUUCUACAUACUCAAUGAUAAUUUAAAGGAUGCGCUUAACACCCGAAGCGAAGGCUUCAGCAUGCUGAACAUGUUUGGAAGCGAUCCACAAGAAGAGUUGGCCAAACGUCAGGAUCAGUUAGAGAAGCUAGGGCAGGAGAAAAUCUUGCUUGGCAAACCGUCCGCCACUAAGCUCGGCCUUGGCACUCUUAACCCGUUCUCGUACGACUCGUCCGACAGCGAGGACGAAACACAGCCGCCUAAAGAGAACCAGGAGUUGGAGGUCAGCAAAGAAAACCAAGCUCAACCAGUGAAGAAGUCCAGUCAAAAGAAGAACAAAAUCAAAAUGGAGUCCUUCUUUAUACCCAAAAACGAUGCUCGCCUCAAGGAGGGUGCCAAGUUCUUCAAGUCCGCGAAACCAGAGGUUGAACAUGCCGACUACGAUCAAGUGAAGGGCCGUCUAAAGCUGCUGAUUAGCAACAAGAUCGCCAAGACCAGGAAGAACCAGCCCAGCAAGGACAUUAGACAGUACCGGAAUAAGAAAACUAAAAGCUGAUUCUUCUAGGCAAAUUUGUAGAAUACAUUUUACGGUAGUUAAAAGGCGUCCACUGUAUUUCUCAAACAAUUUCACCUUGAUGUUCAUCUAAUUGGUUAGAGAGUGACAAAGUAAAGACCAGAGCACGCUUACAUUUAGUUUUAAGUUUAACCCUCUGUAAAAUAAACCACGCUUGUUUUUUUUAA